GAAAAGCGACAGAAGAGCAGAGUUGUGUGUUUAGCGAGCAACAUCUGUGGACGAGUUAACUCUGAAUAUGAGCUUUUAAUUUACUUGUUUACUGUUACGCGUUUUAUAUGUCAGUAGCUUUUCAGUGAGCAGCCACUACAAGCUGAAAUGAAGACACUAGUUGUAGGAGUUGGCGGGAUGACCAAUGGAGGAAAAUCAACUCUUUCUAGAAGUCUACAUGAGCAGAUACCCAACAGCUGCAUCAUUGCACAGGACUCAUAUUUUAAGGAUGAUUCUACGGUACCAGUGGACACCAAUGGGUUUAAGCAAUAUGACGUGCUUGAUGCUCUCCACAUGGACACAAUGAUGAGCGAUGUUGACAAGUGGCGACGGGAUCCCGCCUCGUUCCUGAAGCAGCAAGGCCUGAACCCAGUGCGCACAACGCCGUCCGUCGAUAAGGAGGUGUUUGUCCUGAUAGUGGAGGGCUUCCUCAUUUUCAACUACAGGCCUCUGAAUGAGCUCUUUGACAAAAGAUACUUCAUGGAAAUACCUUAUGAUGUCUGCAAGAGGAGACGAAGUUCAAGAGUGUACACGCCCCCUGACCCUCCUGGCUACUUUGAUGGAUACGUGUGGCCAAUGUACCUGAAAAACCGCCAGAAAAUGAUGAACAUGGUGUCUGGAAUUGAAUUUCUGGAUGGACUAAAGCCAAAGGAAGAGCUACUGGCUGCUGUGUGUACAGAUGUUUCUCAGGAAAUAGAAAGUCUCAGGGAGAAAGACUGAAAUGUUCAGAGUUUUAUUUGUAUACCUUUUGAAGAUGGAGACUUCCCCCCCCGGAUAUCAGGAAAGACUUUGGACUUUUUGGACUAAUGUGUGACUGAAAGGACCAAACCAAGUGUUUCUUUGGUCUUGUGUGAAUAUGCUAAUGUCUAUACAGUAUCUACAGUGGUAACUAUUGCUGACAUACACUCUGGGAAAACAUAUGAAGUUUUAGUGACUUAUGACAUGCUGUCGACUGACUGUUUUCGUCUCUAACAGCUUUGUUUUUUUUAUACACCCUCCACAUAUUUUAUGUCUAGAGGGUUUUGAUCCGAAAGUCUGAUUCUAUUUUAUUUAACCAUAUAUGUACAUAUACAUAUAUAAUUAACUUGUGAUUUCACUCCAUAUAACCACAUACAUAAAGUGUGCAUUGUUGCUAAAAAUCAUUUCGUUAGAUUUACUCUCUCAUAUUUUGCAUAUUACAAAUAUUACAAUGAUCAUUACAUACUGUGGUUUGGUGAGCAUCAAUUUUUGUCAAAGACUUGAAUUGUGUCCAUUAAAGCAGCUGCUUGUCUACAACACACA